AUGGGCUUCAUAUUGCAAACCAGCAUCAUCUUCGCCGUCAUCCUCGGCGUGGCCUUGCAGCUCGUGUUCAAGGACCCCAUCUGGCUGGCCUUUGGCAUCGGCAAGACGUUCCAGCCUCUGUCCGACUUCCCCUACUCGUGUCGCCGCAUCGAGGACCCGCGGCUGCAGGCAUGCGAGGACAUGUGGCUGUCUGAGGCCACGCGCCAAUUGUUCCUGGCCUGCUCCGACUCUCUUUCUCGUCAGCAAUGGAUGCCCAACGCCCACAAUUUCAAUGCUUCGGGGCGCUCCACUCGGGAUGCCGUCGUUGCCUUGGACAUUGACAGCCCCAAGGGCGAUGCAUUCGAGUUCCGUACGCUGUCCACUCCUGGCUUUUCUGGCACAGCCGGCGAUGGCCUGCUUCAACUCGUGGGGUUGACAGGAAUUGAUUCGCCGGAAGGCGACAAGAUUGAGCUCCUUUUGGUGAACAAUCGCCCUUCUGUUGAUCCUGUCACUGGUGAGCUCCUCGACCAGGCCAGCGUAGGCGCCAACUCCACGAUUGAGGUAUUCGAAACCGGUCCUCAAGCAGUGGGGAUGAAGCACGUCCGCACCUUUGCCGGUGCCAACGUUUCAACCCCUAAUAACAUUGCGGCACUGUCCAGCGAGGCCUUUUACUUUACAAACGACAAAGGCGCCAGCAAAGUGGGCUUGAAAUCCCUCGUCGGUCCUUUGCUGGGCCUUGGCGACAUCUCGUUCUGCUCCGCUUCAUCAGGAUGCAAGCGCGUCUCCGAGCGCCAUCGGUACCCCAACGGGCUCGUCCACGGCCAUGACGGCCUCAUCUACGUCCCGAGCUCCAUGGCGGGCGGCGUCCAGGUGUACAAGGUUGUCCCCGAAGACGACGGACUUAAAAAGGUAGCGGACAUCCCCGUGCCGUAUUCUAUCGACAACCUGUCGGUGGACGGUAAGGGUGACAUCUACGCGGCUGUGUUCCCACGGGGCAUCGAAACGUUGCAGUCGGUCAAGGACCCAUUAAACACGAGACCCAAAAGUGCCGCUGUGCGCAUUAGUAAGGAGGGCGAAGGCGUCUACGUAUGGGAGAAGGUCAUCGAGGAUGGAGCUGGUGAGGUGUUGCCGGGGUCAACUGUAGUUGUCCACGAUGCGAAGACGGGAAGACUGUUCUUUAGUGGUGUGACAUCGCCGUUUAUCGCAGUCUGCGAGCCGAAGAACUGA